GCAUUUAAUUAUAAGAUCGCAUAAUUGACGUUGGCAUAAUUGUUAUUAUUUCACGUUAAUUAUGGGAAAUCAAAAUGUUUUUCCAAUAAAACUCGUAAAAAAUAUGGUUGAUCAGUUUAGUAACAAUUUUGUACUUUUGUUGUACCAUUCUUGUUGAUUUAAGAUCUACAAUGAAUUCAAUGAUACUAUUGACCCUAGUAGCCUUUCUGGGCUGUGCACUAGCAGGAAAUCCUGAAGAUGUCACCAAAGCCACCUCAAUCUACGACUUUUCCGCCACAGACAUAAUGGGAAACGAGAUUUCCAUGGAUAAAUACAAGGGCAACGUGCUCCUGAUCGUAAAUGUCGCCUCAAAAUGUGGCUUAACCAAUAAAAACUACGAACAGUUGAACGCUUUAAACAGCAUGUACAUGGAGAAAGGGUUGCGCAUCUUAGCUUUCCCUUGUAACCAGUUCAUGGGACAGGAGCCGGGAAGCAACGAGGAAAUCGCCAAAUUCGCCAUGGAUAAGGGAGUGAAGUUCGAUAUGUUCUCCAAGAUUGACGUUAAUGGAGAUAACGCUCAUCCGUUGUAUAAGUUCUUGAAGUACAAACAACCGGGUACUGGUGAAACUUCUGAUAUUGAAUGGAACUUUGCUAAGUUUAUUGUGGAUAAAAGUGGACAGGUGGUUGAAAGGCAUCCCCCCAUGAAGGACCCCUUGGACCUGAAGGCGAUAAUAGAAAAAUACCUUUGAGUGGCAAUAUUUUAUUAGAAUAGUAUUUUUAGUGGUUUAAGCAUUUUAGGUUGUACCAAAGUGGCAUUGUAGUAAAUUGCAAAUAAAAAACUUAUUAAGCUGA